AUCUCAAAUCGAGCUGGUUUUGAUUCGAAAACCAAAUCAAGAAUCAAAUCAGCAAUUUAAGACAAAAGAAAUAAUAAUAAAAUGAAUCAUCGCUCGGUUUUGGUUUGCUUAAUGUUUAGUUUGUCUUUUAUAACUCUUACAUUGUUAAAUGCUUCAUUACUAUGUAACAACGAAUGGUUCAAUUUAAUAGAAAACGAAAAUGGAGACGAAGAUGUAUCAUAUUUUAUUGAACAUUCCGAAAUAGGUUAUAAAGCAGGGUUUGAUGCACUAUGGAUCCUUUUCAUUAUUAACAGAAUCUCUUUUUGUUUUUUUUUUAUAAUGGUUUUAAUAUUUAUCUUUCACUCACACGUCAGGUGGAUAUUUUCACUCACUUUGCUGUCUAUGAUUAUUAGUUGUGUACUCGUGGCAUUUUUGAGUAUAGUUGUACAUCUUAGAAUACAUCGCAAUAUUGAAAGUGCUCUCGGUACUAGUUUUGUCAACAAAGACAUUUCGUUGUAUAUAACGUGUUGUGCUCUUGUUACCGGUUUGCUUUCAUUAUUACUGGCUUUUAUCUUUAUGGCAUCCGGUAUUGUUCAACCUGGGGCAAUUAAACCAAAAGAUAAGUGUAAUUUAUCAGAAAUUUCAGUACUGAAUGACAAAAAAAAAAUUCAAGAUUUGCUUAUUUAAGAAUAUUUGAUGUCGCCAUUUUUCAUACAAUGCAAAAUUUAAAAAAAAAAAGUGUAUUGUUUUGUUAAUACGCUUUUAUCUUGCCAUAGUGAUUGUUGCAAGAAAAAGUGGUUACUUAUCAACUAAACUUGUUUAUCAUAUUAUAUUUAAUGUUUAUAUCAAUUUACAACAUUUUUUGCAAUACAAAACUUAUUAUACAAAAAUGUGUUUGUAAAAAGAGCGUGUCUAAAAUAUUGUCAGCUCAGCUCGUUUUAAAUGAAAAUAAUAAAUUGUAACUUUAUUUGGUUAAUUAAGGUGAAAAGUGCAUAGUUAGCCUUUAUUAAA